GAGGUGGUCUAUGCUGACAACAAACCAUUCUUAGCCAAUUCCAAUAUGGUGGAAGCAUGGUACUAUGAUGAAGACGUAGGAACCAUCCGUUUCUUCGGCAUGGAUAGACAAGGAAGACCUCGCGGAAUCACUGCUUGCAACAAGCCUACCUUGGCUAAAUAUGUGGUUGACGAGGUAUGCAAUGAACUUUUGCGGCCCACUGCCAUUAUUCCAUAUAGGCCGCAAGAGGAGCUCAAAAUUGAGGAAAAUACAGAAGCAAAUCUGUCGGAGGUGGUACAUGAAGGUGAGGAAGACAUCCAUACCGACGGAGUCAGAAUGGAGGAGUUAGAUCUGGCCCCUGCAAAGCUGGAUGACCUCAGGGCUGAUGUACAAGAUCCAUUGAAGGAAGUUAAUCUGGGAACGGAGGCAGAGCCACGCAUUACUUUUGUCAGUGGCUUGCUGCCGCCAGAGAUGCGAGAUAAAAUAAUCUGUUUACUACAUGAAUUCAAAGACUACUUUGCCUGGGAUUAUUCUGAGAUGCCAGGUUUAGACCGAGAGUUGGUAGAGCAUAGACUACCAAUCAACAAAGGAUAUAAGCCGUACAAACAGCCGCCACGCCGUAUGUCUCCAGAAGUGAUUUUGAAGGUGAAGGAAGAAGUGGAGCGGCUGCAUAAAGUUGGUUUUAUACGAACAGCCAGGUACUCAGAAUGGUUGUCUAAUAUUGUUCCAGUACUGAAGAAGAAUGGAAAGCUCAGAGUCUGCAUUGAUUUUCGGAACUUAAAUCUAGCCACGCCAAAGGAUGAAUACCUCAUGCCAGUAGCGGAUUUACUUGUUGAUGGGGUUGCACGUCAUCGCAUUUUAUCUUUUAUGGAUGGGCAUAGUGGCUAUAAUCAGAUCUUUAUUGCAGAGGAAGACAUAAGAGCUACAUAUCAGCGGGCCAUGAAUGCAAUUUUCCAUGAUAUGAUUGGCCGCUUCAUGGAGAUUUAUAUCGAUGAUGUUGUUGUUAAAUCCAUGGAGGAUAAAGAACAUUUGGAGCACUUGAGGAAAGCUUUUGAAAGAAUGCGACAGCAUGGUCAUUCUUUCAUAAUAGUUGCUACAGACUACUUUACUAAGUGGGUGGAGGCAAGGCCUAUGAAGAAGGUUGAGCAAGGAGAUGUCAUCAAGUUCAUAAAAGAGGAUCUGAUCCAAAGGUUUGGUCUUCCAGAGACUAUCACUUCUGAUCAAGGUACUGCUUUUGUUGGAUCUCAAGUAAAGGCCUUUGCAAAAGACAUGGGAUUUCAUUUGCUUAAUUCAACUCCGCAUUAUGCACAAGCAAAUGGUCAAGCAGAGGCAUCUAAUAAGAUUAUCAUCAACAUCCUAGAGAAAAUGGUUGAUGAUAAUCCCAGGAGAUGGCAUGAGCUUCUUUCAGAUACUCUCUGGGCAUACAGAACUUCACAACGGAGUUCAACUAAGGUGACUCCAUUCUCACUUACUUAUGGUCAUGAUGCUGUCUUGCCUAUGGAAUUAACAGCAAGGUCUCUGCGGAUUGCAAUUCAAAAUGGCUUGAAUUCUGGGGAAUACAAUGAGGCCAUGAUCAUGGAGUUGGAAGACCUUGAGGAAGCAAGGCUGACAGCAUUGGAUGUGAUGAAGGCCCAGAAGCUUAAAGUGGCACGAGCUUACAACAAAAGGGUUAAGCAAAAGAAUCUAGCUGAAGGAACCUUGGUUUGGAAGGCUAUGCUGCCACUUGGCAAGAAGGAUCCUAGAUAUGGUAAAUGGUCUCCUAAUUGGGAAGGACCAUUCCAAAUUCAUAAAGUUCUUAAAGGGGGUGCUUAUUGGUUAAAGUCUUUGAAUGGGGAGUUGCAUCCGUGCAAGAUCAAUGGCAUCUACUUGAAACCAUAUUAUCCGACUGUGUGGGAGGCAAAGGAUAGUUCUGCCUCCACGUCUGCAUGAUCCAGCCUCACUCUUUGCAGCCAAAGCUUCACGUCCUUCUUCUUUGAGCUCAACUAGUAAUUUGCUUCUUUCGGCUUUAAGGGAUUUGAGGCUUCUUCCUUGUUGUAAUCCUCGAGCAGGAAAUUGGCUGGCCAUGGCUGCAAUGGCUUGACAAAGACAAUGCAAAAACUAGAAAAACAGAAAGAGAGAAAUGGCUGCAAAUCUGUGAUGAUGGUUAUCGGAGGAGUGGCUGUGUUUUAUAAUGAAUUGCAGUCGAUCAU